AGAGAACAUUUGCAUGUUUAUUGGAUCACGACGGAAAAUAAAGUCUGAAUGCCCGCGAUUGGUAGAAUUUGCUCACUGUCGAAUACGAACUAGAAGAAGACGAAGAACCCGAAGAUGGCAUCCACCGCAUCCACUCGUACCGCAGAAUGGAGGCAUCCAAGGCGCUACGCAGGCACAGCGUCCAAGUUAUUCUUAGUCCUGGCAAGUAGUAGCUGCACGAGAACAGCCCACGGUGCGCAGCCAGUGCCCGUACCUGACAAGUUGGUGCAAUCUUGCAUUCUAACUCACGGUGAGCUCAUGAAGAAGAGACUGCGGAACGGCACACCACCAAAGCUCCAAGUCUCAAUGAUAAACGAUGGUUUCUGUGACUGCGUGAACGGUACUGCAUUUAUUCUUGUUUGUAUACGUUUGUUCCUACAUUUUUCGGUGUGCGUUGCCCGGCUUAUACAUACUUAGGCAACUUCUAUGGCUCCUUCGUUCAAUUAUCAGGCGUCGACGAGCCUGGCACAUCGGCGUGCGCGGGACACGCGUUACCGGAGGACGGCGGGGGCGAGAUGAAGCCAAACCUGUUCUUUUGCGAGAACACCGGCGCGAAGCCCAAGUGGAUCUACAGCAGCCAGGUGGGGGUAUCAAAUGCAAAAGUGUCUGGGUCUGGAAGGAUGUAACUUGUGAUGCGCAUUUCAGAACACUCAAAAAUCUCUGAUGCAUAGGCAGCAAAAGCUGCUCACUUUCUGUCACCAAGAUGGGGGAUUUGUCAUGCGGAUUCGGCAUUGCGGAAGCUUCUCGAAACCUGUCAUGCUAGAGCUUCCAUGCCAGACCUUCUGUGUCAUGCAGAAACAGCAUGACUCUUCCAGACCCAGACAUUUUUACAUUCGAUAGGGGGACGGCGUGUGCGACUGCUGCGACAGCAGCGACGAAACCGCCACAAGCUGUCCGUCCACGUGUGCGGAGGAGGGGGCCCUCUACCGGCAGCAGAAAGCGGCCCAGGAACAGGAGAUCAAGGAGGCCGUGGCGAUUACGGAAAAACACGAGGCGGAGUCGAGGCAGAAGGAGGGCGAGUGGCGGAACGAACUUGCGAACAAGCCGGUAGAACUAGAAAAGCUCAAGGCGGAGCGAGACAGGCUGCAGCAGGAGUAUGCGGCAGCGGAUAAGGCGUGGAUGGACGAGCAGAUGGCGAGAACUGGGACCUCGAGUUCCACCCCUGCGCCCGCCGACACCGCGACGACCACCCCGUGGCCCGGGGGUGAGGGCGCUCCCGCAGGUACGGGCGCGGAAACGAAAAAGCCGGAGGAUGGAGCGGGCGCGGAACAGGUGGGCCGGCUUUGUUGUGUUUAAGACAUGAUCCCUACAGGUCGUGAUACUAAAUCAAUCUAUGCACCAUACAAUGAACUUCGUUGAUGCUGAAUGCGUUUCGUUUGCAAGAACGCCCAGGCUUUUGUUCCGUUUAUAGUUCUGAUUCUUGAGUAGAUAAACAUCGCUCAGGAGUCUGGCGCCGCGGCGAAGGACAGCAUUUCCGAGUACGCAAAGUGGAUGGACAAAGACGCAGGUAGUAAGCCUUUUUUGUGAAAAUUCCCGUACUGAAGAGUAAGAACGCACAGAGAAAUUGGAGCUCCAGAACUCUGACAUCAAUCCGUUGCACGACUGGAAUUAUAAAACAAAAACAGCUGAGCACAAGCAGCUUGCGGACGAACACCCAAAGCACGACGAUUUUGCGUUUUUUCAGCUCUUCGGUUCUCGGAGGGUGGAUAUUUGACGGAGGAGUGUCUCGAUGAGAAAGCGAGGCGUACUUGUGCGCCUCAGGCCUUCGCUCUGGUUCUGCUUCGCAGUUCCGCCUUGUCGUUUCCGGCGCUGCCGAUCCUUAGCGUGGAUCAAUGCAGUGUACGGCAAGCAAAGAGCUCCGGUGGUCCCGUUGCCAUUGAGCUGCCCAAGCCAUGGGCAGGUCAGAACAGACGGCGUGCGCCUUGCCGUGUACACGUAGCUCGGCCCUACCGAGCGCCAGGGCAUUAUCCUGACAGGGGAUGAUGUCCCGGUGGGAAGGAAGUUGUUGCGCAGCUCUCACCGUGCGGAGAGAGAGUUCGCGUUCUUCGACUACCCUCCAGGCUAUCUCCGUUCAGUGGUACACACACGUCGAUGACGCGCUCUCGGUUCUCGCGAGCACCACUGGCCGGGGAGUGGAGAACCCGACUGCCCACGAUGUGGGUGUAGCAGAGGUUCUUCACGCCGUUAGGGGCACAGGCCCGGCGUCAUCUUGGCCUAUUGGCCAGGCCCGCUAUCGGCAAGACACAUCGGAAAACAGCGCAGCCUCGUCUGCGGCCUGCCGCUCUGUGUGUCGCGGGCGCUUCGCGAUUCUGCUUGUCGAUGCACGCCGCGAUGCGGCAGACAUGCAGUAGCAAGGCGCUCGUCUGUCGUAAAUGGAUUCGCGCGAGCGGGGGCGCCGCGGUCCAUUACGAUGGGAAGGCCUCACUGAAGGCUGUAAAUUAGCCACUGGCAUCCUAGGGCGAUGCCCGCAAGGUCCCUGUCACAGGGGUCCGGGGCAUUUGGGGAAGAUAUUCGGCGGUCCCAGUCGCGCCUCGCGGCUUGGGCCACCUCUAUGUCCGGGGCAUGGCUCUGUGGGGGUCGAGAGCCUGGCUUGCAUGGCCUGCUACCCGUAGCUCGUUGUGCCGGCCGGGUUCUCUCUUGGCUGCCAUUGUGACUGUCGCUCGAGGUCUUGCGACUAUCACUGCGACGCGCUUCUGCACGUCAUUCGCUUCCGUUGGUUGCGCGCGCGUUCACUCUAUGGGUGAAUUGCGCAGAGAAGGUGAAAUUACAUAAAAUAUUAAUUUAGAAUAGUACCUUUGACCCACUAACUGACCCACGAGCAACCCAUGAGGAACCCACCAGACCCACCGCGACCCACCAGCGACCCACCAACGACCCACCACCUGACCCACCACCUGACCCACCACCCGACCCACCAACGACCCACCUUUGACCCAUGGAUACUAAGGCGGAAAUGGGAUUUCCUCCGGUUACCCCUGGGGGUGGGUCUCCGGUACCCCGGGAGAUGGUCUGUGGUACCCCUGGCCGUGGGUUUGAUGGACAACCUCCGGCGAGGUCGUACAAUCCCCAACGAGGUCGUACAACCUCUGCCGAGGUCGUACGACCUCCGGUAUGGUCAUACGACCUCCGGGGAGGUCGUUCAUAAAACUACAACCUCCGGUGAGGUCGUACAACGACGGAUCUCGCGCCCCGGGCCGGGACGUUGGAUGGGGCUGGAGGCUGACCAGCAAGCAGGUCAGGGAGGAUCUAGCGCCCCGGGCCGGGGCGUUGGAUGGGAAUCAAGAUUGGCCAGCAGAUCGUCAAGGAUCCAGCGCCCCGGGCCGGGGCAUUGGAUAGCGAGCGACUAGGGCUGCCCACCUGCCAUCGACGGAUCCAGCGCCCCGGGCCGGGGCGUUGUGUGGGGUGGGGAGGGUGGGUCGAGGCUGGCCCGAUGGUCCGGGAGGAUCCUGCGCCCCGGGCCGGGGCGUUGGAUGGGGUGGAUCAAGAAAGAUUACUUAUCUUCAGCAGCAGGCCGUGGAGGAUCCAGCGCCCCGGGCCGGGGCAUUGGAUGGCAGGCGACUAGGGUUGUCCGCCUGCCAUCGACGGAUCCAGCGCCCCGGGCCGGGGCGUUGGAUGAGGGUCGCGGUUGGCCAGCAGGUCGGGGAGGAUCGAGCGCCCCGGGCCGGGGCGUUGGAUGGGGAUCAAGGUUGGCCAUCAGGCCGGGGAGGAUCCAACGCCCCGGGCCGGGGCAUUGGAUGGCAGGCGCGCGACGGGGGCGGCCCACCUGCCAUCGACGGAUCCAAUGCCCCAGGCCGGGGCGUCAAGUGGGGGCCGACCGAGGAAGCUUGCCGGCAGGCCGGGGAGGAUCCAGCGCCCCGGGCCGGGGCAUUGGAUGGCGACUGGGGUUGACCACCGGCCAUCGACGGAUCCAUCGCCCCGGCCCGGAGCGCUAGGUGGUGGCCGAGGUUGGGAAGGGAGGAUCCCGCGCCCCGGGCCGGGGCGUUGGAUGGGGAUCAAGAUUGGCCUGCAGGUCGCGGAGGACCCAACGCCCCGGGCCGCGGCACUGGAUGGCAACUGGACCUGCCAGCGACGGAUCUCGCGCGGCGGGCCGGGACGUUGGAAGGGAGGGGGUGGAGGAUCCAACGCCCCGGGCCGGGGCGUUGGGUGGGAAUCAAGAUUGGCCAGCAGGUCGUCAAGGACGGAUGGAUCCAGCGCCCCGGGCCGGGGCAUUGGAUGGCGGGCGACUCGGGCCGUCGACCUGCCAUCGACGGAUCCAGCGCCCCGGGCCGGGGCGUUGGGUGGGGGAGGGUGGGUCGAGGCUGACCAGCAGGUCCGGGAGGAUCCAGCUCCCCGGGCCGGGGCAUUGGAGGGCAGGCGACUACGGCUGCCCGCCUGCCAUCGACGGAUCCAGCGCCCCGGCCCGGGGAGUUGAAUGCAUGGCGGUUGCGGUUGGCCAGCAGGUCGGGGAGGAUCGAGCGCCCCGGCGGCCGGGGCGUUGAAUGGGGGUUGCGGUUGGCCAGCAGGUCGGGGAGGAUCGAGCGCCCCGGCGGCCGGGGCGUUGGUUGGGGAUCAAGAUUGGCCAUCAGGUCGGGGAGGAUCCAGCGCCCCGGGCCGGGGCAUUGGAUGGCAGGCGGCUGGGGCUGUCCACUGUCAUCGAUGGAUCCAGCGCCCCGGGCCGGGGCGUUGGAUGGGGGUCGAGGCUGGCCAGCAGGUGGGGAAGGGGGGAUCCAGCGCCCCGGGCCGGGGCGUUGGAUGGGGAUCGAUCAAGAUUGCCCGGCCAGCAGGUCGCGGACCGGAGGAUGGAUCCAACGCCCCGGGCCGGGGCAUUGGAUGGAGAGCGACUGGGGGUGCCCACCGGCUCCUGACGGAUCCUUCCUGCGCCCCGGGCCGGGGCGUUGGAUGGGGGUCGAGGCUGGCCGGCAGGUCGGGCAGCAUGGAUCCAGCGCCCCGGGUCGGGGCGAUGGACGCACGGAGAUCAAGAUUGGCUAGCAAGUCGUGGAGCAUCCAGUGCCCCGGGCCGGGGCAUUGGAUGGCGGCUGCGGCUGGUUCAGGGUUGUCCGGUUCUGGGUGAUCCGGUUCCGGUAGGUGUAGGACCUAUCCACAAGAGCGCCCGGGCUCCGCCCGGGCCAGCCUUGUUACUUAUAUAAAACAAAAACAGCUGAGCACAAGCAGCUUGCGGACGAACACCCAAAGCACGACGAUGAGGAUCACGACGAUGAUUCCCCGGAGCCUGCUCAUGACGAAACACCGCAGCCUACACGACUGCUGAACCCGGAGCCUGCUGCAGAGCCGCAGUCCACCGAGGCCAAGUCGGAGCUCCAUGAGGCCCGCGACGCGGCGCGCGAGGCACAGCAGGCCGCGCAGCGGGCGUUGGACGAGUUUGAAAAGAAGCAUUCGCAAAUCGAGCGAAAUCUGGGGGUCCUCAGGAAAUACCGACAGUACUACUCACUGCUCGACCGCUGCCUGGAGAUGCGCGCGGUCUCGUACAGGUGAAAACAAAAAUUUUUGCACAAAGAAGGCACGCGAACUCCUGCUUGUCGUGUGUGGGCCUUAUUUUGCCGACGUCUAAGGUACUGAAAAUGAAAAAAGAUCAAAGCUGAGAAAAACAAAAAGCGCCACAUCUAUGUUGAUGUUCAACAUAAAAUUCAAAACAGGUAUAGUGUUUGCUUUUUCGACCGCGACGCCACCCAGGACCACACGCGACUCGGUAAGUUCGAGCGGUUUGAAGACGAGGGCAGAAAACUCGUGUUCGAGGGUGGCGAUUGGUGCCCGGGCGGACCCGCGAGGAGCUUGCAGGUCCUUGUGGAGUGCGGCAAAGAGGAAAGAAUAUUGUCGGUCGACGAGCCGGAGCGGUGCGGCUAUCGGGCGCGCAUGACACACCCGUCUAUGUGCAAACGCAGCACUUCCGAUGGUGGCGUCGACGCAGCGGAUACACCACGGAACUACGAACUCUAGGAAGGACGUCGCUUUUGUGUGAAACGCUUUUACAGGCCAGGGGAGUUGUUUUGCUAUCUUCUGAAGAUUCGUUGAGAGAUAGAGAUUCAACAGAGCCGUGUUGUAUAUGCAACAUGAUGAACGCACACACUGAGAUAAUGACACUGAGAUAUUGAAAACAU